GGGGAGGAGGCCGCGUCCUCCUGGGGGAUGCGCCCGGGCCUGGCGUCCGCCGGGGCACUUCCGGUUCCGGCGGGGAGUGGAAGCCUCAGGAUGCUGGGGGACCUGCUGCUCUGCGGGACGCUGCUGAUCAAUGCAGGGGCCGUGCUCAACUUCAGGCUGAAGAAGAAGGAGAGCCAGGGCUUUGGGGAAGAAGCAAGGGACCCGACCACAGGUGAGAAUAUCAGAGAAUUCCUGCUGAGCCUGAGGUACUUCCGGAUCUUCAUUGCUUUGUGGAAUAUCUUCAUGAUGUUCUGCAUGAUUGUGUUAUUUGGAUCUUAAACCUUCUGCCGGACUGAGCGGACACCUGUCAAGGUUGCCCUCCGGGGUGACUCAUCCUAAGGAUGACUUUCAGCUGUGGACAUGACUUGACUUUGAAGUAAAAGAUGAGCUUGUUUUUCAUACAGGA